CAAAACACAACUUCUUGUAAACUUUCACAAAUUGUACCUUGUUUUCUAGCAGGAUAUUGUUCCUUUUUUUUUUUCUAUGUAAACAUUAGCACUCUCAAACAAAACAACUCUUUUUUCAACAUUUGGUAUCAAACAUGAAAAAGCAACACACAUCUUCUUCAACCUCAACAACAUCUUCAAAGCUAGGAGUUGACAAAGAUUCACAAGUAAUAUCAAAAGUGAAGCCAAAGAUCCGAAUAAUUCAUAUAUAUGCUCCAGAAAUCAUAAAAACUGAUGCUGCAAAUUUCAGAGAGCUUGUUCAAAGACUCACAGGAAAGCCAGAAGAGCAUGAAAGGGGAGGUGCAAGAAGCAAAUCCAAGACUGCACCACCACCAAGCAAAGGUUCAAUGGAUUUAAACCUCGAAAAGGCGAUGAUCAUGCAAAAAGAUGAAAAAGAUUUUCUAAGUCUCCAAAAUGGGAUAAGUGUGAAGAAGAAUGAAAAUGAAGAGGAAGAGAUAUGGAGAAGAUCAAAGUCAAAUGAGAAAUUCAAUGGUUUCUUAGAUGGUUUUUCAGAAUUAGAUGGUUUUAUGGAUGAGUUAAGUACUAUGCCUCUACUUAAUCAAAAUUAAGGCAUGCUUUUGAUGUGUUGUUUGUUAUUUAUUUUGCUAAUUGAUGUGUGCAUAUUUAUCACAAAUAUUAUUCAUAGAAAAAACUUAUGCUUCCUCAUUGUAGAUUGACAAUUAGUUAUUACCUUGCUUUUGAUACUAUGAAUGAUUGAAUGUGUAUUGAUUUCAAGUGGCCCUUUUGAUAUGCUGAAGUAUUUUAGUGAGCAUUUAUGAACAUUACUUGAUUUCAUACUUUUCUUA